GCUGCACCGCCGCCGCGGCCCUUGCCUGUGGUCCGCGGAGGCCGCGCCGCCGCGCAGACAUGGCCAAGUGGGGCCAGGGGGACCCGCGCUGGAUCGUGGAGGAGCGGGAGGACGGGACCAACGUGAACAACUGGCACUGCUUUGGCAGACGGUGACCUUAGGAGCUCCCCGCUGUCCCCAGCCCCUUGAAGUUUUGGGGAGUUAAAAUGAAGACAGAGCGGGAUGCCACCAGCUGGUCCAAGGGGAAGCUCCAUGAGCUCCUUGUGGGAGUUGUGGUGGAGAAUGAGGGUGGUUGGUGUGAGAUCAGCGAGCUGAAGCAGGUGGAAGGCGAGGCUUCCUGCAGCAGCCGCAAAGGAAAGCUGAUUUUCUUCUAUGAGUGGAACAUCAAACUGGUCUGGAAAGGUAUAAUUAAAGAAUCUGGUGCAAAGCAUAAGGGGUUGAUUGAAAUACCCAACCUGUCUGAAGAAAAUGAAGUAGAUGACACUGAGGUGAACGUGAGUAAAAAGAAAGGAGAUGGGGAUAUACUGAAGGAUCUUAUGAAAACUGCAGGCACCGCCAAGGUCAGGGAAGCCCUUGGAGAUUACCUGAAGGCACUUAAGACGGAAUUUACAAUGGGAAUGAUUUUACCAACCAAAGCUAUGGCAACCCAGGAGUUGACUGUUCAAAGGAAACUGAGUGAGACUACCUUGCAGAUCCAGGCCUCCUCUCCAGUGGCACUGGGUGUAAGGAUUCCCACUGUGGCACUGCACAUGAUGGAACUGUUUGAUACAGCUGUCGAGCAGCUGUACAGAAUCUUCACUGUGAAAGAUUUGGUGCAAGAAUUUUCUAAAUCUCCUGCUGUAUUAGAAGCUGAAAAGGGAGGGAAAUUCCAGAUGUUUGAUGGGGACAUCACUGGUGAAUAUAUAGAAUUGUUAACAAAUAAAAGGAUCGUCAUGAAAUGGAGAAGUAGGAACUGGCCAGAAGAACACUAUGCAAUAGUUGCACUGAGUUUUGUGCCUACUCUAGGGCAAACAGAAUUACAACUGAACUGUAAAGGAGUUCCCGUGUGUGAAGAAGAGAACAUGAAAUUCUGUUGGCAAAAGCAGCAUUUUGAAGAAAUAAAAGGUUUACUGCAGCUGACCACCCUAAACAGCUGAGUUAGAAGAUUUUAUAAAGGGCAUUAUUUUUUGUAAGCAGAGAACAUGUCACGUUUACCUCUUCCCUCUAUCAUUCCUUUAAAAAAAAUAGUCAAUUUAUAUUGGAUGAAAUCCAUGAACUUAUACAGAACUGAAAGCAUUGUUUGAAUCUUUACUAUGACUAGACUCGGCACUGAGUUAAAAGCAAUGUGAAAUUAGGUACAAAUUUUAUUGCCUAUAGAUGCUCUCCUGGGAAUAGAUUGAGUCCCCAGGUACAGAUAGUUGAAGUGUCCCAAGCUAAAGCUUGUCCUAGCAAGCUUACCAUUAGCUGUAAUUUUAGUUCAGGAAGACAAAUAAAUGGCAUGUGGAUAUUGUUCCUUUAUUUUACUUCAGGGUUUCUGAGGUGUGUAGCUCUUAGGUCGUGAAACAGUAGUGUGUUGCAUUCAGGAGCAUGUUGACGUGAGGGCAAGCUGGCUGUACUGUUCUGCUUCUCCCUGCAGCAGUUAUGCACUUCGGGGUGGUGAGGGUUGAAAAGUCUCUGGAAAAAGGUACUUUUUGGACUGCCACUAUACUUCUAAUGAAAUAGAAUAUAAUGGAUAAAA